CCCCGGAUGUUGCACUGCAGUACACAGAGGAAGCUGGGAGUAAACACAACCGGCUACAGAGGCUUUUAGCCGCCGAUAACGACUCGUUUCAGCAAGUUAAACGUUUUAAUGUCCUUCUACGGCUUUUUAUAACCUUCGUCGCUGCUUCAGAGUUGAACGCCUGUUCCGGAGCUGAGCGCUGAAGCAGGAGGGGCUGCAGAACUUUCUAGCAGCGGUGGGGGUGAGCAAAGCAGUCAUGGUCCAGAUUCACGUUAAACGAGGAGAGGAGAGCCAGUUUCUCCUCAGCACCACCGUGGACGAGUCCGUCGGGACGCUCGUCCGGCGAGUUACCGAGAUCUACAACGGCAGACUGAAAGUGGACCGGAUCUGCUCUGAAAUCCCAGAACUCGCAGAUCAUGGCAUCACACUUCCUCCCAACAUGCAGGGCCUGACAGAGGAUCAGAUCACAGAGCUAAAACUGACGGAUGAAUGGGAGGUGAAGUGCGUCCCUAGUGGAGGCGCAGAGUUUAAGAAGGACGAAAUUGGUCGUAGGAAUGGACACGCUCCCAAUGAUAAGAUGAAGAAUGUUUUGAAGAAAACUAUGGAAGAAGCCAAAGCUUUAAUAUCUAAAAAACAAGUUCAGGCGAAUGUGUGUGUGACCAUGGACAUGGUGAAAGAGGCUCUGGACCAGUUGCGAGGGGCAGUUAUGAUAGUGUACCCAAUGGGGCUUCCACCACACGACCCAAUCAGGAUGGAGUUUGAAAAUAAGGAGGACCUUUCUGGAACACAGGCCUCUCUGCAGGUGAUCCCAGAGGAAGAAGCUCAGCUAUGGUGGGCAUCCAAAGAGAUGCAACGUGGCAAAAAGCUCCAAGAUUAUGUUGGAAAAAACGAGAAAACAAAGAUUGUGGUGAAGAUCCAGAAAAGGGGUCAGGGGGCACCAGGAAGGGAGCCUUUGGUUAGCGAGGAGGAGCAUAAACAGAUGAUGUUGCACUACUACAGGAGGCAGGAGGAACUCAAGAAACUGGAUGAAGCCGAUGACGAUUCCCAUUUGCAGUCCGAAUGGUCAGACAGGCAUGCUUUAAAGAGGCAAUUUCAGGGACUUACCAAUAUCAAAUGGGGUCCAAGAUAACUGGACAGAAGUAACUUUGUCUCAAAAAUGUGGGUAUUUUACUCAAAUGAAGAUUCUGAUGCCUUAUUUACCCACAAACAAGAUUUUGUCACAUGCUGUGAAUAUUAAAAUCUACCUUUUU